AACAAUGCGAUUGGUUUCCAGACAAUAGUGAUCAAAUGUAGAAAUAUUCAUAGAUUGAUUUGGCUAGUGGAAGUUUGUGGUUAGUUCGCUGCAAGAACAAGUGCUCAGUUUUUGAACAGUCGACCUGAAGUAACAAACAAUCGGGAGUUUCUAGUAACAACAAAAAGUGUCAAAAAUAAAAUAAAAUAUAUAAAAAUAAUAACCGCCGAAAAUGUUACAAAACGACGCUGUUCGAAAUUUACAAUUUGAUAGUGAAAUUCGUGUCGCUCAACAAAAUAAUGCGGAACCAAGAGUUUAUGAUGGCCCCGUCAGCAUUACGUCACAACCGAAUUCUGCUGCACGCAUACCAUUACCCCUACCAGUUUCCACGGUGGAUAACAACUUCUCCACCACACGCACUUUCAGCAUACCCAUGACUGGUUAUGACUUUUUAACAGAUUUGCCGUCAGUGCAUAUUGAGCAGACAUUUGAGUUGAAUUCAGCUUUGACCUCUGUCUCCUCUGAGAAUCGCUAUGUGGUCCGCUCACCGUUGGGCGAUGCCGUUUAUGCUACCUCCGAGAGUUCAACCUCCAACAAUCGUUUACUAUGGGGCUCUGCACGACCAUUUCAAAUGCAUUUACUGGAUAAAACGCACCAGGAAGCGAUGCUGUUUCGUAAACAAUUUGCUCUCGGCUCAAUUUGUUGCCAUCCCAAAAACUUAGAGGUCUGGACAAUGCCUGGCAAUUUAUUGGGUCGCAUAGUGCAUUCUCCAACAUUCUUCAGACCCACAUACUUUAUACAAGAUGGUGUUACCGGUGAGCCGAUCUUCUGCAUUGAGGGACCAGAAAAGUCGGGAUUUUGCUGUUUCUGUUUGCCAAAAGAGUCGUUCUUUAGGAUUCACUCUGGCGGUGAUUUGCGCGCAUCCAUAGACCACAAGUGGGUGGCCGGAAAAUCGCAGUAUACCACAAACAUAUAUUUUAGUGAUUCCAAAUUAUCGGCAAAGGAACGUGCACUGAUUUUGGGAGCGGCAUUUUUAUUGGAGUACAUGUACUUUCAAACACGGUUCUGAGCGACCAACUACAGUCGAGUUACGUUACUAUAACAACAAACAUCAAUAUUCAUUUCCUCUCACAUAUGCAAGAGUGUAUGUACGCCUCUCUAUGCGGCAAAAUACUGUUACUACAACAGCAGGAGUACAUGAACUUUCAAACACGGCUCUGAGCGACCACCCAUGACCAACUAGAGUUUACUAAUGUUGCUAUAACAACAAACGUCAAUAUUCAUUUCCUCUCAUUAUAUGCAAGAGUGUAUGUACUCCUCUAUAUGCGCCAACAAAAUACAGUCACUCCCACAGCAGGAGCACACGUACUUUCAAACACGGUUCUGAGCGACCAACUACAGUCGAGUUACGUUACUAUAACAACAAACAUCAAUAUUCAUUUCCUCUCACAUAUGCAAGAGUGUAUGUACGCCUCUCUAUGCGGCAAAAUACUGUUACUACAACAGCAGGAGUACAUGAACUUUCAAACACGGCUCUGAGCGACCACCCAUGACCAACUACAGUUUACUAAUGUUGCUAUAACAACAAACGUCAAUAUUCAUUUCCUCUCAUUAUAUGCAAGAGUGUAUGUACUCCUCUAUAUGCGCCAACAAAAUACAGUCACUCCCACAGCAGGAGCACACGUACUUUCAAACACGGCUCUGAGCGAACACCCAUGACCAGCUGCAGUUUACUAACGUUGCUAUAACAACAAACAUCAAUAUCCAUUUCCUCUCACAUAUGCAAUAGUGUAUGUACUCCUCUAUAAGCGCCAACAAAAUACUGUCACUCCAACAGCAGUGUACCAGGAGUGUAACACAAACAAAUAAACAGAACCAAAAAACUGUAAAAUUUUCUUUUUAUAUUGUAAAUUAAAGCCAUUAUAUAUGACAUUUUUGCUGUUUUCGUUUUUAUUUCACUUUCA